AGACCUUUUACUUCCGUGUGUUACACCGUCAUUCAUCCGGGUGAGAAUGUACAAAGGAGCUGUUGGGGUGGAGCUGCUCUUCAAAUAGACAUUGCAGAAAAGAAUGGAGCCCAGGGGUAGACACAGAUAGAAAGAUGAGAUGUCAACCACCCCUACUUCGGUCUGCCCUUCACCUCACUGCCUGACACUUCACCGUACAGCACACCGGGCCAGUCUACGCCUUUAUGGCGGGGCUGACUCAUCUGGUGCUCCGGUUUUCGGGCUCCGCCGGUCACUCCUAUGCAGUGUUUUCAAAAGGCUUGACCAGGACUUUGAUGAUAUUUUUUAAUCUGGCAUGGCGACUACGAAUCAGAUUCCCCUACAUCUACCUCGUCGCCUCGAUGAUGUUUAACGUCAGACUACAGGUGCACAUUGAAAUCCACUGACCACAUGUCCAUGUUUGGACAUGAGACCCACUGUUUGCACUGCAUGUUCUAGCUGCCUAAUAAGAAGUGGCUGAUGCUGCCCAGGAAACUGAAUUAUGCAAACUGCUGUGGCAGCACAAAACUGACAGCUCACUGUUAUGGUCAAUCGUCAUCACAUAAGUCGAGUGCCUUCGCAGCGCACGGAGAAGGACAACAGUCAGCUCUCCAGUCAGUCGGCCGUCGUGUGUUCACACCGACAGGAUCGUCUGACCCUGCACCUAAGAAUGGAGGAGCCCUCCUGUCUGUGAAGACCAUCCUGAUGAAGAGCAGAUGUUGAUGCUGCCUUUUGAUGCAGUAUAUUGAAAAGUUUUUUGCAGUAAAACUGUGUGACAUCUCAGUGGUAAUGUGUUUGGAAGAAGACCAGUCUGAAGAUCCUCCAGGAACCAAACUGGAAAAAAAUAUUCUUUUAUUUAUUAUGUAAACAUUAACACAACAUGGCACAAAGGGGAAUGGUUUUGUUGUAGACAUUUUGUAUCUUAAAACAAUAUUUGCUGCAUAAACAGUACAGGAUUAUCCAGAUGUGUUGUCUUCAUAACUCAUUACCAACAUCACAGGUGUUGCACUGGGAAAUUAUAGACUGACAAUUAGUGCAGUCUUAAAGGAACUCACUGCAUGUCCUUGUUGUACUUGUACACACAGCUAAUCCCUGUUGUGUUUUUGUGAAUCACUGUGAGUGGGGAUAAAAUGUUACCAUCUUUUACUAUUUUUGUAGCAGCAUUUGUCACUCAUGUAUUUCUGUGACAAAUGUGUACAUUGGUCUGGGAAGUGAUAAAACUGAGGUUUGAGAGAAUUGAAAUGGAAAUGUAAUAAAUUAGUGAAACCUCUA